UAUCUAUCUAUCUCUAUCUAUCUAUCUAUCUAUCUAUCUGUUAGUUCGAUGUUGUGUCUAGUUUGAAUAUGAACAGCACAAUUCUAUGUUUGAUGCAAAUUAUCAAUGCACAUUUUUCCUGUACGGGAUUUUACCUGUGUGUGUAGUUUUAACGCGGGUUUGAAUCGGUAGUAAGUUUUAUUUAUUUAUUUAUUUAUUUAUUUAUUUAUUUACGUAUUUGUUAUUUUUACGGCCUGUAUGCGGGUUCUAAAGAGGCUGCAAAUGUCAUAUAAAGGUCAAGUUGAUAAAACGUGUACAUCACAAUAACCUUAACGCUGCUUUGUGUACUUUUCUGAUAUCCCCAGUGGUGAUUAGGCACUCGUGCACACAGUAAAAUAAAUUGCUUGCCUCGUUAUCUAGAUUAGUCGGCCUGGUUGAUUUGCUGGAGUUGUUUUGAUAAAGGGGUGCAUUGUCACAGAGAAGCAGAGUGAUCAAAGACUUGUCCCGAUGCUUCAUAAUUGCAUCCCUGCAAUGGUGAUGAUACUACUGUCAGUAUGUCUGUGUAUCUCAGACCUGAGAGUUUGUAUAUAACAGAACAAAAAAAGCGUCCAGCCACUUCUGAAGGAAAUGCUUCCUGCCCAGUUUCCCUCUUUCAGUGUAUUCUUCCUUGUAGCUGAAUUACUGUUACCUACUGUAGCAUCAAUGUGGCUUAUAUUAGGACAGUGUUAUCUGGUUGUGUCAACAGAUCUUUACCAGAAUUACUUUUGGUGCAUAUAUAAUAUAAAUGGUGUUCCACCAAUGGAGUAACAUGCUUAGUUUUAUCCUUACAGUGGAUAUAUACACAUUGUGAAAUUAAACCUUUUGUAAAAGUGGUUGUGCAAUGAACUAAUAUUCCAGGUUGAUGCUUUGUAAUGUAUAAUGUUACAGCAUCUCUACACGUGUAUAUAACAUGCUGUUUUAUGGACCCAGGCUCUGUAGGUCCUGUGAGAGACCCAGCACUGCAACAUCAGUAUGGAAGAUUCCCAGUCAACACAGUUCAGCUCCAUGGGAGAAGAAAUCACUUACUGGAAGGGGCAGGCGGAGAAAUACAAGCAGAGCUCGGAGGAAAUGCAGGAGGAGCUCCGGGAAUUCCAGCAGAUGAGUCGGGAUUACGAGGCGGAGCUGGAGACGGAACUCAAACAGUACGAAAGCCGGAAUCGGGAACUGCUGUCGGAGAACAACCGUCUCCGUAUGGAACUCGAGACCUUCAGGGAAAAACUCGAAACCCAGCAUUCAGAUGCGUACUUACGAAUCUCGACACUAGAGGGCGACUUGACACAGACUACAGCCAUCAAGGACCAGCUGCAGAAAUACAUUCGGGAACUGGAGCAGGCCAACGAUGAUUUGGAAAGAGCCAAGAGGGCCACUAUCAUGUCUUUGGUUGACUUCGAGCAGCGCAUGAACCAUGUGAUCGAGAGGAACGCCUUCCUGGAGAGCGAGCUGGAUGAGAAGGAGACCUUGCAGGUUUCGGUGCAGCGGCUCAAAGACGAGGCCAGAGACCUGCGUCAGGAGCUUGUAGUGCAGGAGAAGCAGGAGCGGAGGCCGUCGCUCAGUCUGGGGAAGGACCAGGUGAAGACGGAGCUUCCACAGCGUCCCCCAGCGGUACUCCCCUCUCUCCCAGCAAGCCCUGUGGGGCUCCGGGGUCCAGGAAGCACCUUCAACACCCCCGCCUCCUGCCGGAGAGGCGAUGGCCUUACUGGAACACCUCUGACUGCCUCAGCACGGAUAUCCGCUCUGAACAUCGUGGGGGAGCUGCUUCGGAAAGUGGGGAAUCUGGAGUCAAAGCUGGCUUCCUGUCGAGAUUUUGUUUACGAUCAGUCGCCAGGUCGGACUGCUCCUCUGUCCACAGCUGGGGGGUUGAACGAAAACAGAGCGAGCCCUGCCAGCCUGCCACUGUUUGACAAAGGGUUGGCAAAGCGGUUGGAGUUUGGACCAGGGUCUCCGAGUGCCCCCUCACAGACGAGACAGUCGCCGCAAGGUGUGGUCAAGAUUUUACUGUGAACAAUCCCUGCUCUGUGCUUCACUCCAGAGAACCCUAACUGCACAUUUUUUCUUUUCCCACCUUACCACCUAUUAGCAAACCAGUAUCCAGAGAGGUUUCGCCCUGCUGGUUUGAUAAUGCAAAUGUUGAAAUGUACUGGUUUGGAAAUAGGGUCAAACCGCAGGAAUUGAAAUAAGAUUAGUGUUCCACAGCAAUAGGAAAUGUUCUAGUUUUUACUGUGAUGUGCUAAACUGCUAUGCAAUGGAAGACUUAUUCCCUGUUAUUGUCACACUUGUUUAAGUGUCUCUAACUUUACAGAGAGUUUUACAGAAAAGUGUUUGCUUUUGGAAGAUCGGUCGCAUAUCAAUUUGGUACUUGUUUUACAAUAGGCAUGCUUUUCCUUAUAUAGCAGUGGGAACCCCUGAAAGAAGUUUGGCUGUAGCUCAGGAUUUAAGCACCACCUAAAACACACACAUUUCACAGCAAACAGCUGCAGAGCUGAUAGUUUUAAACGUGAAAUACGUUUUUUUUUAAACCUUAUGGGGCAUGACUGCUUUAAAGGAGGAUGUAUAAGUUUUAAAUGCUUGCAUUUCUGAAAUACAGUAGAAGCUGAUCAAGCUGUUGCGUUACAUCCACUGUAGAGACCGGAUUUUUUCACCACAUGUGAGCAGCUGUUUUUCUCACUGGCUUAUUGAAAAUGUUCAGGAGAUGUGUUGGAUAGGAGCACAAGAAUUUGAGUGAAAGCACAUUAGCACAUUAUGAAACCCUUUUUAUUUUUUUGUGAAUGCAUGCAAAAGCCACUUGACACAUAAUAUAUGCUGGGGAAAAUGUGUAUGUCAUAGAGCAAUGGCACUUAGCUGACACCCUGCAUCACUGAACCAGCAUGGUUACCCUGGAUUGCAGGUCUCCAGUGCUGAUUAAAUCUGACACAAGAAGACAUCAAUACCACCCCAUAUUUUUCUCUCUGAACUGGUCAUGUGACCCUGUAUUUUUACUGAUUUAUUUUUUUUUUAUACUGAAUUAACUUGUUAUUUUUAUGCUACUGUGAACCUAAAAUGAAUUCUGUUGUAAUGUUAUUUCUCCGGUUUGAUGAACAUUAUCCGCAUUGUACGACUGCACAUUCUACAGAAAGCACAUACGCGUCCGGUUUAAGAUCGCAAGAUUGGCAGGGAGUUAGAACAGGUUUGCCCCCUUUUUUGUUUUCUUAUAGUUCCUAUGUAAAGUUUUUUUAAUGAUGUAAUUCAGGAACCACGUUGGGAAACGACGCAGUUUUUGGUAACAGCUGAUUAUUGUCUGAGUUUUAUCAGUUCUGUAAAAUGAAAGUAUAAAAAGGCUUUUAUGACCUUC